UUACCAAGGCUUAUUCAGGGGAACUCGCACCACAAAGUCACAUCUCGUCCGGGUUUUAACACGCUUUUACCUGUCACAGUUUCUGAAAUUUUGCGUUUUCUUUUUCCCGCUGGCUGUGGCACCAUCGGAUGCGCUCCAGGCAUCCGUUUUUUUUUUUUUUUCGCCCUACACACCUCCAACUUUAUGCGCCGCCAGUUUCACCUCGAGCUGCUAGAGGGGUGCUGUCUCCGGUAACCGGCUGAUGUUUCGGGGCUUCAGUCCGGUUCUCUGGACCGUUUGUGUGGAGGGCGAAGACUGCUGCAACGUUCAUGUACGACUUGUAAUCUGAGCCUGAUAAUCGGAGGUUGGGAAGUUGGGGACGUAACUUUGACUCGUUGAUCUCAUUGCUGAAGAAGCCGAGAAAGUGUUUAAUAUUUUCUGUCACCAAGAAGAAGAGAAAGGGGGACAUUUUCAUUCUGAUUCUUUAAUCAGACCGAGAACCCACGAUGAGCAAACCCACCGGCUCAACAAGUGGAUGCUUGGAUAUUCUGAAUGUCAAAUCCAGUCGGAUUCUGGACAUUCCUUGCAAAGUGUGCGGCGACCGCAGUUCAGGUAAGCACUACGGUGUUUACGCCUGUGACGGCUGCUCAGGGUUCUUCAAGAGGAGCAUCCGCAGAAACCGGACUUAUGUGUGUAAAUCCGGCUCUCAAGGUGGUUGUCCCGUUGACAAAACUCACAGGAACCAGUGUCGAGCUUGUCGUUUGAAAAAGUGUCUGGAAGUGAACAUGAAUAAAGACGCCGUUCAGCACGAAAGGGGGCCCCGGACGUCUACCAUCCGUAAACAGGUCGCCCUUUAUUUCCGGGGCCACAAAGAGGUAAACGGCUCCUCGACCCAUUUCCCGGGAUCCUCGCUGCCCGGGCCUCCCUUCUUCACUACCGUCACGCAGCUGGAGCCUCACAGCCUGGAGAUGAGCUCAGUAGCCACCACACCAGAAAGACAGGCCAUUGUGGGUCUAGCACAGCCCACCCCUAAGUACCCCCAUGAAGUGAGCGGAACCCCCAUGUACCUGUACGAGGUGGCGACGGAAUCUGUGUGCGAGUCAGCGGCACGCCUCCUGUUCAUGAGCAUCAAGUGGGCAAAAAGCGUCCCCGCCUUUGCGACCCUUCCUUUAUCUGAUCAGCUGAUUCUGUUAGAGGACGCUUGGAGGGAAUUGUUUGUUCUGGGCAUCGCGCAGUGGGCAAUUCCGGUGGAUUCCACGACUCUCCUUGCUGUCUCUGGGAUGAACACUGAAAACACAGAGUCUCAACGAAUGAAUAAGAUCAUGUCUGAGAUUCAAGCACUACAAGAAGUGGUCACCAGAUUCAGACAGAUGCGUCUUGACGCCACAGAGUUUGCCUGUUUGAAAUGCAUCGUGACAUUCAAAGCAGUUCCUUCGCAAGGUAGCACCGAAUUGAGAAGUUUCCGCAACGCUAGCGCCAUCGCUGCUCUACAAGAUGAAGCACAGCUCACUCUCAACAGUUACAUACACACCAGGUACCCGACUCAGCCCUGUCGUUUCGGAAAGUUGCUGUUGCUCUUGCCGGCGCUCCGCUCCGUCAGCCCAUCCACCAUAGAGGAGGUGUUUUUUAAAAAGACCAUCGGCAAUGUGCCAAUCACCAGGCUUCUCUCCGAUAUGUACAAAUCCAGCGAUAUAUGAAUUCUAGCCAACUUUCCACGUAUGUGAAAAGGACUCGAGCUGAUGGAUCAUUCACCCGAUACAUGGGCAAAAUGUCAAUUCACAGCAGACGCAGUGGUGGGUUGAAAACUUUUGCUGUGCACACAAUCUGUUAGGCUGUCUUAGUAGGCUAUAGCCUGCUUAGGUCUUUAGGCUCGUUUGAAACAGGCUGCAGCACAAGCAGAUCACCAGUUAGCCCGUUAACAGUUGCGCUAGUUAAGGAUUAGCAUGUACCAAUAUGUCUCCGAAAACUACAGUUUCUGCAGCAUUUAAGUGUCGCCCCAAGACUCUAAGAGCACCUGCCAAGUCCGUUUGACACAGAAAUGUUGUAUAUUACGAUGUUUUAAAGUGUCUGUAAGACCAAUGAGCUUGACAACCAAGCCAGUCUUUAAUUGCUGUUUUUAAUCCCUGUUGGGGAAACCAAAAAAAAAAAAAAAAAAAAAAAAAGAUGACGCCUACCCAUUGGGGGCGUGUGAGUCGCUGUUCCUUGAUCCAGUGCUGAAACCAAACGCUCGGAGCAACGACGGAGGUGACAGCUACGAAGCAUUACGAUGGAAAAAAGGAACAAAAUCGAGCAUUUUGCAUCGCUCUCCUGACUGAAAAACCUUGGUCCGAGGAUGGUGUGUGUACUUC